UGAUGAUGCCUUGAGUUUGUUUAUCAUGACGCCAAGCAGAGGCAUCUUGGACUGAGACUGGGAACUUAUCCCACUAAUGGCCAGGACUGGAGAUCAGCCGGUCUGCUGAAGCCAUGGGGAGUUGCUGGAGCUGUCUGGAUAAAGAUAUAAUCCCAGACAACCACCCAACCAAAUUUAAGGUGACCAAUGUAGACGAUGAUGGUAACGAGCUGGGCUCCGGGAUCAUGGAACUGACCAACUCUGAGCUGAUUUUGCACACCAGGAAGCGCGACGCAGUGAGGUGGCCGUACCUUUGCCUGCGGCGUUAUGGUUACGACUCCAACCUCUUCUCAUUUGAAAGCGGAAGAAGAUGCCUGACUGGGCAAGGAAUUUUUGCCUUCAAGUGUGCACGGGCAGAGGAAAUCUUUAACCUUCUCCAGGAGAUCAUGCAGUGUAAUAGUAUUAAUGUGGUUGAAGAGCCCAUGAUGAUAUCAAGAAACACUCAUCCAACAGAACUUGAUUUACCGAGGACACCUCAGACUCCAACUACCCCAGGGUUUGGCGUGCCUGGAUUCCCAAACGGGUUCCCUUGUUACCCUCCACUGGGAGACGGCUCAUCUCACCCGUCGACUCGGCAUCCCUCCGUGGGCAGUGCCCGCCUCUCCUCGGUUGGCGAGGAAUCCACCCACCCUCUCAUUGGAGGAGCUGACGAUCAGAUUCACACGUACGUGAACACUUCCAACGUCGACGAGGACCGGAAGAGAAGACCCUGCGUUCACAGCCUGCAGGAGCCGAGGCCGACCAUUUCCGAAAUGAUCCGGAGUCACAGCAACCAUUGUCCCGUGGCUGAGGAGCGGGCGCCUCAGGUCUUCCUGCAGCAGGGGGACAUGAAGUUUGUCCUGGGCCCGACCCCUGUUCAAAGGCGGUUGAUGGAGCGCGAGAGGAUCGAGAUACCGAUGGACCACAACGAUUUCAGCGGCGGCGCGCUGAGCUUCGUGGAGCGAGAUGCCAGGUACGAGGGGGAUGAUCACCGUGAGGCUAACGCCUUCAGCAAGAUGACCUACGAGAAUGUCAACGGCUUACUGGCGUCUGCCGGCACCGGGCUGCGACGGGGGCGUCUCAAGCUGGUGGGGGACAGCCAGAACAUCAACAACUGUGCUCACAGGAAGACAGCCAUGCUGAACUACGAAAACCUGCCCUCUCUGCCUCCUGUGUGGGAAUGCCAGUCACAGAGGCGGGAGGAGGAGGAGGAGGAGGAAGAGGAGGAAGACUGGAGGGAACAGACGACCCCUCCGCAGAACGGUUACCACAAUAACUUUGACCCGUUGCGCAACUAUGUCAAUACUGAGAAUGUAACUCUCCAGCCCGGUUUACACAAGGUGGAUUUCACGCGGCGACGGGAUUGCACCCCGAACGUCUUCAGCUUUGACUUCAAGCGGCCCUGCCCCGAGCAACGGCAGCUGAACUACAUCCAAGUGGAGCUGGAGGGCGGGAGUGACUCUGACAACCCCCAGACGCCCAAAAUACCCAGCACUCCAGUCCCGCCAACACCGACACGGAGGACUGAAUUUUACGCUGUGAUAGACCUUAAAAAGACAGCUGCUAUGUCCAGUUUGCAAAAAGCACUACCAAGGGAUGACGGGACGUCGAGAAAGACGAGGCACAACAGUACAGAUCUGCCGUUGUAA